CUCAAAAAGUCCCUCCAGACAUACACCUACCUUCCUCCAUCCGACACCUGGAUUCAAUAUUCCCCCAUUGAUCUCCCCUCCAGGAAUUGCAAAGAAAUUCUCAUACAAUGCCUCUACCCGAUUUUCACCCCACCUCCGUCAAAGACGGCCGGCGAAUUCUGAGUGAAAAGAGUGCCAACGCGUGUCUGUCGCCUGUAUCUUCCCCCAUCAAACGGACUCUCAACGACUCCUCCUCUCCCAAAAAGCUCCUUCCUUCACCCUUAUUCACUGCCCACAAACGUCCCUUUCAUCAGGUGGAUGAUGAGAACUCCACGACUGGCGGAUCUCUGCCUGUCCAGCAGACUGCUAGGUUACCAGGCACAUCUUCUCUGCAGCAUGCGCGUUUGGGAGUGGCUCAGGAGAAAAACCCCAACGCGAUGGACACGGCCGAACAAACAGAACAGCAGAAUACACUGAACACACACCAACCCCCAAUCGAAGCCCAGAUCUCAUCCCAAGCACAAAUACAAGCGUCUCCCUCCGCACCAGAAGAACCAACCAACCAGCCACGCUCCGUCCCCGAGGACCCCCAAACACGCAAGCUCUUCAUCCAAGAAAAAGCAACCCUCCUACGAAGCAGAAUCCAAAACGCCAUGCGACACGUCCGCGACCCGCAAUUCGACCGCAGGGUAUCCGAGCUCGAAGCGUAUAGUCGGAAAUACCCAAGACUAUCAGGGUAUACUUUAUCCCAGAAGCAACAACAACAACAGCAACAGCAACAAACCCCCGUAAUAACGCACACCGAAGAAGAAGAAGAAGAAGAAGAAGAAGAAGAGCAAGAAGAUAACGAUGACAACGACGAAGCACAUGAUACCCUACUGACACCACGUCAACCUCCAACCAUUACUCCGGCCCAGAACCAGAGCCAAGCAGAGGACCCAGAAGAAGACCAAGAAGAAGACCAAGAAGACCCGUUAAAAACCCCCACGCAGAAAUCCCACCGAAGAAACAAUACGGAAUCCAGCACGCAUGCGUAUAUCGCGCUGGCGGGAUCGCCCAUGCAAUUGAGUAGUCCGCCCAGCGCUGCGGUUCCGGAGACGGGGCAGCGCGGCGACGCCGUUGAUGGGUUGCUGAAGUUGAUGAAUACGGCGGAGAAAGGGAGGGGUUCGGAGUGGAUGAUUUGACAUGCAUGUACCCAACAAAAUACAUGUCUUGUCUGUCUAUUCGGGUCAGGUGUAUACGGAGGGUACCGAUACUAGUAGCAUGCUGAAUGAGUGCAUUUCUAUCUAGGUGUUUGGUUGGUGUUUGGUUGGUUGAUUAGGGGUUGUACAUGUGUUGUGUGGGGUGCUGUUAUUUGUUAUGUGUUGAGAAUUGGGGCAACACGGAGGAGGGUAUACCUAACUAAGCCCAGCCAGGAAUAUAAACAGAAACAGAAACAAGAGAGAGAAUCCACGAUACCAUGCAUGUUAAAUUGGAAUGAAUGCUCUUGAACCCUGUCUAAGAUUCCAUGG